AUGAAGCGAGUUACCAAAAGCAUUGCUUCCUCGGUUAUUCCGGUGGUGGCGAUUGUGUUUCUCUUCUCGUUGAGAGCUAUUGCGGCGGCGAAUGUAACCUACGACCACCGUUCUCUCUCAAUCGGCGGUCGCCGUCAGCUCAUUAUCUCCGCCGCCAUUCAUUAUCCGAGAAGUGUUCCAGCUAUGUGGCCAUCACUUGUUCAAACAGCAAAAGAAGGAGGCUGCAACGCAAUUGAGUCCUAUGUGUUUUGGAAUGGCCAUGAGCCAUCUCCUGGGAAGUACUAUUUUGGUGGACGGUAUGAUAUAGUGAAGUUCAUCAAAACUGUUCAGCAAGCUGGAAUGCAUAUGAUUCUGAGAAUUGGCCCUUUUGUUGCGGCCGAGUGGAAUUACGGGGGAGUCCCGGUUUGGUUGCAUUAUGUGCCAGGAACAGUCUUCAGGGCGGAUAACGAGCCAUGGAAGGUGGAGAACGAGUACGGGUACUAUGAGCGCGAUUACGGAGAAGGAGGGAAGCGGUAUGCUCAAUGGUCUGCUUCUAUGGCUGUUUCACAGAACAUUGGUGUUCCAUGGAUGAUGUGCCAGCAAUGGGACGCUCCUGCCACUGUGAUCAGUACCUGCAAUGGCUUUUACUGUGACGUAUUCACACCUAAUACACCGGAUAAACCGAAAAUCUGGACUGAGAACUGGCCUGGAUGGUUUAAAACUUUUGGAGGCAGAGACCCACACAGACCAGCAGAGGACAUAGCAUACUCUGUUGCUCGUUUUUUCCAGAAAGGCGGAAGUGUUCACAACUACUACAUGUAUCACGGAGGAACAAACUUUGGACGUACUUCAGGAGGACCAUUCAUCACAACAAGCUAUGACUAUGAAGCUCCGAUCGAUGAGUAUGGAUUGCCAAGAUUACCAAAAUGGGGUCACCUUAAGAACCUCCAUAAAGCUAUAAUGCUCUCUGAAAACAUGCUAAUCACUGGCGAGCAUCGGAAUUUUACAUUAGGCCCCUCACUCGAGGCUGAUGUGUACACAGACACUUCAGGAAGUUGUGCUGCGUUUCUGUCAAACUCGGAUGAUAAAGUUGACAAGACUGCUGUGUUUCGGAACACGUCAUACCACUUACCUGCUUGGUCAGUUAGCAUUCUACCUGACUGCAAGAACGAGGUUUUUAACACAGCAAAGGUAACUUCGAAGUCCUCUAAGGUAGAGAUGUUACCUGAAGAUUUGAAGUCUGCCUCAAGUCUCAAAUGGCAAGUUUUCUCGGAGAAACCUGGUAUUUGGGGAGAAGCAGACUUUGUGAAGAACGAACUUGUUGAUCAUAUCAACACCACAAAGGACACAACUGACUAUCUUUGGUACACAACAAGUAUAACAGUGAGUGAUAACGAAGAGUUUCUCAAGAAGGGAAGCCGCCCGGUUCUCUUCAUUGAAUCAAAGGGGCAUACUCUUCAUGUUUUCAUUAACAAGGAGUACUUAGGAACUGCGACAGGGAAUGGGACUCAUGUGCCUUUCAAACUCAAGAAAUCAGUUUCUCUCAAAGCGGGAGAAAACAAUGUCGAUCUGCUUAGCAUGACUGUUGGUCUUUCGAAUGCAGGAUCCUUUUACGAAUGGGUUGGAGCCGGUCUUACAAGCGUCUCAAUCAAAGGUCUCAACAAUGGCACACUGAAUUUGACUAAUAGUAAAUGGUCCUACAAGCUCGGCGUGCAAGGAGAGCAUCUAGGUCUGUUCAAGCCAGGUAACUCCGGGGGUGUCAAAUGGACCGUGACUGCAAAACCUCCCAAGAAACAACCUUUAACUUGGUAUAAGGUUAUCAUAGACCCACCUUCUGGGAGUGAACCGGUCGGGCUUGAUAUGAUGAGUAUGGGGAAAGGCAUGGCUUGGCUAAACGGUGAAGAGAUUGGAAGAUACUGGCCCAGGAUUGCUAGAAAGAACUCUCCCAAUGACGAAUGCGUUAAAGAAUGUGACUACAGAGGCAAAUUCAUGCCGGAUAAAUGCAACACUGGCUGUGGAGAGCCAUCUCAAAGAUGGUAUCAUGUUCCACGAUCAUGGUUUAAGGCUUCAGGGAAUGAGCUGGUGAUUUUCGAGGAGAAAGGCGGCAAUCCCUUAAAGAUGAAGCUUUCAAGAAGGAAAGUCUCGGCGGUGUGA